AAUAAGGUAGCUUGCUUAUGAGAAGCAGGAAAAUACUUGAAACUCAAUUUAUAACUAUGUUUGACUUUGCUGGGCAUUCUAGCAUAAAAAGGGUUUGUAGAAAAGGUUUAUUAUUAUUUUAUUUUUUUACUUUUCCAUUUGACUAUAAAAAUACUGAGGUCAGUGGAAAUCAAUGAUAAGUAUUAGGGAUUAUUACUUGCUGCACACAAAUGAAAAAGCUAUAUGCAUGUGUGUUUUGUCUUACAUAACUAACCCUGAUAUAUAAAACAACAAGGUUUCAUACUGCAUAGCAAUACAAAGUGAAGAUACCACACCCACGUUUGAGCAAAGGAGAUAUCCUACUGAGCCAGCUGAUGUGUGGCUGAGUAGUAAGAAUGGCUUCAGAGGUGUUUGUUAUGAAGCACAGUGGGUGUGUACAUAUAGAAGCCACAGGGUAUUGUUGGAAAGCUACUUUCUGAUAUUUCUUCAGGUUGCAGAGACAGAUAAAAAUCAGGGCUAAAGUCAGCGUUUCAAAAUCCUCCUUAAAUGAAUGCACACAAUGAUACACAUGAACGGGUUUGCGCAAUGGGAGUCUGUUUUUGAAAGUCAAAUUCUUAGAUAUAACAUUUCAUCUGAAAAUGUUCACGUGAACCUCGAAAGCGGCAACAAUACUCGCGUCCUUCAUCUUUAGCAAGCAAAUGCAGGUGUCGUUUGUUCUGGUAUUUCCCCCUCGAGUUGCAUUCUCUUUCAAAUACAAAUAUCGCGGAAGAAUUCAAACUUUGACUGGCUUACAUAAACUGCAAUUUAGCAUAUCUUUAAGAUAACAAAGCACACAUAAUUUAGCAAAAUAUUGUAUUUUAUUAAGUGGAUUUCAACAGUACAUGCGGACAUAUGUGUGUCUUUCUUUAGAGGUAUAUACAGUAUGCUUUUCUAAGAUUGAGUGAAAGCUGUCAGAGGGUUGCUUGGUUGUUUGUGACCAUGUGCCAGGAAGGUGGAUGCUUUGUGGAAAGAGUAAUGCUGUCAAAGUAUCCACACUGCAUUAGAUGACGAAGUGAUACAAUUUGGACACAGGUUUUACUGGCGCUGGCGUUUAUUAACUGACUGAUGUGACAAUGCGAGGUAGGGACAGAGAAUUUACCUUUGUUGGCUUCACCUAAUAUAAGCAUAAAUGACGAAAUGUCAGUAAAGACAUGCAGAGGAAAGAAUAACAAUUUCAUCCCAAAAAAUAACAUUGAAAUGGUAAUAUACACAUUUGUACAUUUGUACAUGAACAGUAUUAAUUCAAUGUCGAAAUAAAAGAACUAAUUUACACAAAAUAGCCACCUAACUAAACUUUAAUAGCCCAAGACAAUUUAUUUCAAUGUGUUUGAAUGAAGUAAAUAGUAACUAUUGUGACAAUUUACGACAGAAAACUCAAACUGUCUCAGGAAUAACUUAACAAAGUCUUUAUUCCAACAAAGUAACACAAAAAAAACAAAACAGUUCAACACAAAUUACUAUUGCCAUGUAGAAAAAAAAAAGAGUAAUCACAUCAAAAGGCGCUAUUAAUGAGAGGAAAAUGAGUGUGUAAGAAUUCCAAUAAAAAACAAACCAAAAAAACUACAGUGCUAGAUUAAAAGCAAAAAGGCACAGUAACAAAAAGAGGAUAGUUCAUGCAGAAAAAAAAAAUCAUAUUACAGCGAGGAAGGAGUGGAGCCAGGAAGACACAAAAAAAACAGGAAUACAUCGAAGGUAUCUUACAUGGAUCAAAAAACAGGAGUGCGACAGGAUGCAGUACCGCAAUCGGUAGUAACAAAGGCGUCUUUUUGGUGUGGCACUGAGCUUUGGACAGUGGCUGAUUGAAAUUAACAUCCACAUAUGCCUUGUUGCUCUACUCUCCAUUGAUACACACGGUGCUGACUCGGGACAAAGAAGAACACAAGGAGCACAGCAAAAAGAGAAAUAAGAACAAACUCAUCGACUAAGGAUCAUGACAAUCCAUUUCCCACAUCUGAUUGGUGCUUGAAAUUUGAUGUUUAAAGCACUAAAAGGUGUUUCAUUAUGAUACUGCAAGUAGUAUACACCCGUACACAACAAUAACUCCUCAUCUAUGGAGUGUGGCAUUAACCAAUUCACUAACAUUUGGAGAUGCUACAAAUGAAAAAUGCAGUGGUUGCUCAAUCCCUCCCUCUUUUCAGAACAGAAAUCCUGACAACAAAGGCAUAGGAAUCUUUGGUAACCAAUUUUAUUCUGCUUUUUACAGACAUAGUGCCCAUUAUGUCAGUGAAAUGUUUGUUGUUUUCUGUAUUUUCUCUGGUUGUUCGUCUGUGUCAUUAAAUGUCAAACUGUUUUUUGACAACUGACAUUAAAAUAUCCUCAGUGGGAAGCUUUCUGAGUGAUUUUCCUUAGUAUUUUUAAAAGAGGUGUAUUAUUGAGUGGGUCUCUGUAGUCCCUGCAUUUCAAGUGUGAAAUUACACAACGAUGUACAUUUUUUGAAAAACCAAACCGUUCAGAUAAUUUAAAACAAACAAUGCAGAGAGGUAAAAAGAGAAAAUGUGUGCAGGUUUUCAUCUCACUAGUAUGUUAUCCUGUAUUUUUUAACAUCACAAAAUACUUUAUAUCGCAGGGUUAAAAAGGAAAAAAAAAAGGCAAUGUAAUUUUUUUUACAAUAUCGUGCAGCCCUACUUUCGUCAGUCCGCUAUAUGUGGAACAUCAUGUGACUCAAGUGAAACACAGGAUAGCUGACUCCCUGUGUAUGGUAUGCUAACGAGCAUAAAUAGGAUUGAAUACAUGAUUGUGUAAAGCCGAAUUUGCUAAAAUGUUCUUUAUGGCCGGUGUCUUUGGACAAAAGUUAAAUAAAUGUAUGUCCUUUAUUUAUACAAAUAUGAUAUCAUCCAUGUAAAUAACAAAGCUUAAACACCGUCUACUGUUAUCUUUGGCGGCUCUGUGGUGACAUCUGUAGUGUUUAAAAAAAGACAUUGUCGGCGUUUAAAGUUCCUACGGGUGCUUUUGAAACGGUCCCCUUCCCCAUUCACCCGAGUGAGGAGGAAGUGUUUUUACCCAGUUUGCCUCAUGCGGAAGUAGUUUGUGCAUAUUCUGGAUUGACUUCCAAAGUCGGAUUGAAAACAGCGCUGUUCUUCGUUAGGCAAAUCCGUUUUUAUGUUGGCACAAGCCACAGAACGGAAGCAGUGGCCUAUGUUCAUGAGACAGAACCGCCUCCCCAAAACCUGUUGAAAUCAGUAGGGCUGUAAUUUCUUCAUCCUUGGGUGUUUUGACUGAGGCAUGUCACAGACAUGUUGUGAAGACACCUUGGUUUUAAAUUGUGAAAAAAACAUGCAUAAUACAUGCAUGCAGUAACUAUAUCUAAAAUAUGUAUAAAAUGUUAUCAACACAUGGCUUUUGACAGAGCGAACCAAGGGACAGAAGGAGAGCUUUUGAAAAUUAUCUAAAUUAACAUCCUUAACUACCAAGCAUGUGUCUAUUGAGUUGAUCACCAUGUCUAGGAUGCAGGCCAUGCAUUUUUCCCCCCCAUAUAAGUCCUUGCCCCCCUUUCCGACACUCCCCUGUCAAAUGAUCUAAUGAGCUAAUUUUUCUUUCUGGCUCAUAAAUAUUCUACAGAGAAAAGUUGGCCUAUGCUGUCACUGGGGCGUGGAAGUUAGGGAUGAGAUGAAAGGCUAAGGGAGUUGGCUGGAUGAGGGGAAAUGCAGGGAACCAACACCUUAUCCCCCCUGCUAGUGGGUUGUUUCCACCCACAAGAACAAAUUGCAGAAAGUUGUUCCAGUAUAUUCUAAUAGAAAUAGAUUUGAGGUUCAGUCUUUCUGAAAUACCAUAACUAAGAUCCAUGGAAUGUCAAAUAUGACAUUUAAAAAAAAAAAAACUCCACCCCGCAAAAAACUUCACAGCAUGUGGAAAAUAAUGUGUAUGAAAAAUGUAUGAAUUUUAAAUAUGCAAGAGAGUGAUGUAAAGUAACUUUGGUAAGCCCUAAUCCACUGCCUUGAUACAUUAAUGGACUCCUUGAAUUCAUGUGAAUCACAGGUAUGAAAGCACUUGCAGGAAGCAAUUUUGCUCCUCUGCAUUCAGAAUAUGUAAAGCAAUUAACGUCAGUCCUUCACUGACUGCUCUUUGUUCUCACACGAACAGAAUGAGUUUGACAUGAUUUUUUUCCCCAAUCAGUGGUAGGAAUUGGAAAGAUGAACAAAAUACAGUACUGUGAUGAGAAGUAGUGUUUUUGGGAACUAUGAGAGGCUCUCAUAGUGUAGCAUCAUGAACAGCACCAUAUUAGUCAAAAUGUCAGGUCCUCCUUUAUCCUCUUCAUGGACCAUAAAUUUUAUAUCACGCCUCAUCUGCCAUGUUUUAUCCGCUCAUUUCUCUCAUUCCCUCAGUGUAAGCAAAUAAAGCUUGGUUAGAUGUAAAUAGUCCAUGUAAUUGUUCCACAAUUAUUAGGGAUGCACCAAUACCACCUUUUUCAGACUAAGUAUGAGUGCAAGUACAAGCCAAUACCGAGAGAUACUGAUACUGGACCGUUGGCCGCAGAAGCACAAGUUUGAAUGUAAACAAACAACUGCAGUUUUCAAACAGCAAUUUAGUUCAUCCGUUGGUUAGUAAACACACAAACAGGAGUGGUUCACUUCACUUUACUUCAUUGGAGCUCUGGCUCUCAUCCCUCUCCAUAUGCUAUCUCCUCCGAAAUGCAUUCUGCGCUGAGGGGACGCUGGCCGGGUGUUGUUCAUUUUAGGAAGGUGCAGCUCCUCGCAGUUGUAGCAUUGUAGACAAACGACGAGAGUCUGCUAGUACUCAAUGCGGCUUUUGAUACGGUAGAUUAUAACAUAAUGCCGAACAGGUUGGAAACGUGGGUAAGACUAAUUGGAACGGUCCUUAAAUGGUUCAAGUCCUACCUGGAGGAAAGGAGUUAUUUUGUAACCACUGGUAGUGUUCACUCUCAUCGAAUGGCAAAGACCUAUGGGGUCCCUCAAGGGUCAGUUCUUGGACCCCUCCUGUUCAUCCUGUAUAUGCUACCCUUGGGUCAAAUUCUUCAGAACCUUAAUGUUGACUAUCAUAGCUAUGCUGAUGACACACAGGUAUAUCUACCAGUGUCUCCAGAUGACUACAGUUCAAUUGAGGUGUUGUGUCACUGUCUAAAAUAACUGGAUGAGCCAAAACCUUCUUCCGUUCAAGGUCAGAGGACAAAGAUGUUUUGGGGUCAGUUAAAAAUCAUAUUUGCAUCUUUAUGUUAUGUAAUACAUGCACGUCACUUCCAGCAAGUUGUCAACUAUGGUUUAGCUAAAAAUGAAGUUUUUAUUACACAUAUUGAGCACUCCCCGAACAUACCCGAAACUCAAGAAGUGGUUACUCCACCUCAAGGUCUAUCAGAAGUGAUGUUGCAAUUGACAAACACAGCACGCUACACUCUAUACGCAAUGGCGAGCAACGUGUAGGAAUAGGAGGAGGAGGAGGAGGAGGAUUUCGACGUACAGGAGCACCCAACUGAACUUGGCAAUGUCAAACCGUACAUGUUUAAGACGAUCAGGAGGUCAGAAACUGACAGUGUCAACAAGCUGUACAACAGAAAAAGAGUGGCCACUGGGUUGAUGUGACGGUAUGUCUUUAUACAGUCAUGGCUAGAAAUAAUGGCACCCCAAGGGUGCCAGUAUUUUUUAGCACAACUAUACAUAUUAUAUAUUCAUAUAUGUUUCAGUGACACGGCACAACUGCCCAGUGCAUAAUAACCAUAAUAGAGUCGUUGUCAUGAACUGUGUGCCCUGCAGUCCUUUUGCUGGAGCCUGGGUGGCGCUUUGCGCCUGUCUCGCCCUCUCUCUCUCUCCCUCCCUCUGUCUUCACAGUAAUCAGCACCACCUCGGCCGCACACUUGUCAUCAAUCAGCCCUCAUCAUCACCUGCAUAUAAGCCUGCCAGAUCUCGGAAACUCUCGCCAGAGUAUUGAAGCUUCUCCAGCGUUUAUCCUCUGUGUCCCUCGUCAAGUGGAUCUGUGCCACCUCGCCAUCAAACCAGCCACUUGUACUCGUCACUGCCUGCCACAUAUUCUCUGCCUCCACACUCGCCAGCGCAUCUCAAGGACCAUCCCCAUUUCCCUUUCAAUAAACUCUUCAUCACAACCUCUCAGCCUCCGCCUGCUCUUGGGUCCAGUCUCUAUCCGAUCGUGACAGUCGUAGGGAGUUCGGACGAUGGAAGGUGAACAGCCUGGCCUUGGAAAGGCAAGUGAACAAUGGCUUUCCCUUUCCACUGGACCCAGAGUUCCUCCAGACCAUUAGGAAUCUUGGAAGGCGGCCCAGUCUCAGCGCCAUCACUGACAACAUUAUUAGGAAAUAUGGAACCCACUUCCUCCUUUCUGCCACGCUGGGAGGAGAAGAGUCUUUAAUGAUCUUUGUGGACAAGCAGAAGUUGAGUCGAUCAACUGAAUUAAGUGACACUAAUGGUACAGCUGUGACUCUGGAGGCUCUCCAUCAGCUGGCUGCCUCCUACUUCAUUGACAGGGAGAGCACACUGCACAAGCUGCACCACAUCCAGAUUGCCUCCACUGUCAUCAAGGUGACUGAAACAAGGACAGGCCCUCUUGGAUGCAGUAACUAUGACAACCUCGACUCCGUCAGUUCCGUUUUGGUUCAGAGCCCUGAAAACAAGAUUCAUUUGCAAGGCCUUCAUGCCAUACUGCCAGAAUAUCUGCGGGACAGAUUUGUGCAGGCAGCACUCGGCUACAUCGGAUGUAAUGAGGAGGGCCAAUUUGUGUGCCGGCACAAUGACUGCUGGUGUCAGUGUGCUGCAGACUACCCACAGUGUAAUUGCCCCGAGUUGGAUUUGAGAUCUAUGGAAGCGAGUUUGCUGCAAAUUCGAGAUUCCUGGAAUAAGGCCAACCAAGACUUUGAGGAGUCAGAUGAGUUCCAGAACUUUGUUCGAAGGCUUCCCACAUCGUACGCUUUGAACGCAUCUGCCAUCGAGUACUUGUGGAAAAUAAAGCCAGCAAUUCAUCAACGCUACAAACAGCUGGAGCUCAACACCCAACAGCUUCUGAGCAAAUCUGGGCGCAUCAUCAACAAGCUCUUCACCCUCAGCAAGAGGUGCCGCAGCAAACCCAAAAUCAUUAUGCUGAGAGAGAGACCUGUGACCUACUGGUUGAACUACAUCCUCUCCAUAAUGUACUGCAGUGAAAACAAUCACAUUGGCUCAUACUUGGAAGAGACCCGCAGUUGCACCUGCCCUUAUGAGCACCCUCCCUGUCAGGGUGUGAUUCCCUGCACAGUGGGGGAAGGCACUUCCUGUGGCUCCUGUUCCUAUGAGAACCGUUCCCGCUGUGCCACGUGCAACCAGGGUUAUAUGCUUAGUCAGGGCAUGUGUCGCAACGAAGUUCCAGACUCCAUUGACCAUUACAUCGGCUUCGAGACGGACUUGCAGGAUUUGGAGUUACGCUAUCUACUGCAAAAACGUGACAACCGCAUCAACAUCCAUGGGAUCUUUGUCAGCAAUGAUGUCAGACUAAAUAACUGGUUUGACCCAUCAUGGAGAAAGAGGAUGCUGCUGACUCUGAAAAGUAACAAAUACAAGUCAAACCAUGUCCACAUGCUUUUGGGGAUUUCUCUUCAGAUUUGCCUUACCAAAAACAUCACAUUGGACCCAGUGCUGUCAGUCUAUGUAAAUCCAUUUGGGGGAAGUCACUCAGAGAGUUGGAUCAUGCCUACUGACCAAAAUAACUACCCUGACUGGGAGAGGACUAAAUUACAGCUUCCCCGUGACUGUUAUAACUGGACUUUGACUUUGGGCAACAAGUGGAAAAGCUUUUUUGAAACAGUUCACUUUUACUUACGGAGUCGGAUCAGGGGCCCUUCAAGUAAUGGAAAUGGAACUGUAUAUUAUGAACCGUUGGAAUAUUUGGAACCAGGGCAAAAUCUUGGCUCCAUGAAAAUAAACAACAUACAGGUGUAUGGCUAUAGUAUGCACUUUGACCCAGACGCAAUCCAGGACUUAAUUUUACAGCUGGACUAUCCAUACACUCAGGGAUCACAAGACUCUGCCCUGCUGCAGCUGCUGGAGAUCCGGGAUCGGGUAAACAGGCUUUCCCCACCCGGAGCGCAGCCUUUGGAUCUCUUCUCUUGUUUGUUGCGGCAUCGGCUCAAACUAUCCACAACAGACGUUGCCAGGAUCCAGGCUGCGCUGCAGACGUUCAGUGCCAAGCAGCCCAACUCGAUGGAAUACGAAACAACCAAAUUAUGUAGCUAAUAAGUGGGCAGGAGGCCAGGUGCACAGAUGGAAAACUGUUACCACACACUCCAGAUGAUGGUUAAGAGCAAUUUUGGAGCUGUGCAAAGGAUGUUUGAGGGACAUUCUCAAUGUCAUCAUGAAUCUCAAGAGUGCACUUUCAUUCUUCAUAGAAAUUUGUACAACACUAGAAUUUCAUCACUAUCUUGUUCACAUUCUUCUUUUCAAAAAACAGACUGACACUUAUACAUUCGUACAGUAUAAUCAAACUUUGCAACACCAUAAUUUAUGUUUCGAACACAAAUGCACAAACUUGAAUAACAAUGUAAUGCUCUUAUAUAUAUUUUUACACCAGCAUAUUUUAUAUUUUUGUUGUAGUGUUUUGCAGCCUAUAUUUCACAGUUAAGACAAACAUUAUCUCUUGCUGAUAUAUCCUGACCUUUUAUUUUAACAUGUGACUUGAUUGACAGCUUCUUGUUUUCAGCGUUUCCUGUGAUAAUAUCAAGUUAAAAAAAAAAUUUGUAGGAAAAGUGUUACACACGUUUGUAUGAACAACAUAUAUACAGGAAAUAUAUGUAUUCCACUAGAAUGAUCACACAGUGUUUAUUUUUCUAUUGUUGUUUGUGUGUGUGUGGGGGGAGGGGGGAACACUGUAUAUGAAAUUGUAUUAUAACAUUUGUUAAUACAGUACUCUGAAUAAAAAGCUUUUUACGUGUGAGCUAUAGAUAGGGUAUCAUGUGGGGGAUACUAAUCAUCCUUCAGAAUAUUCAUUUCCCAAAUAUUACAUAUUUGAAUUUGUAGAACAUAGGACUGGGCAUUGUUAAGAACCUUACACUUCAAUUUGAUUUGGAUUCUUGGGGUUGUUAUUUGAGUCAAUAUCACUUCUUUCGGUUUGCAAUUUGAUUCGAUAUUGAUUUACAACGGCUGAAAUAGGUAUUUAACACGUCACCAUUUUUUCUCACAAAAUAUACUUCUCAAGGUGCUAUUGACCUGAAAAUGUCACCAGAUAUAACAACCCAAGUAAUCCAUACGUACAAACAAAGUAGAAAAAUAAGGUCAGAAAUUAAGUUGUGUGUAAAAAUGUGAAAUGACACAGGGAAAAAGUAUUGAACACAUGAAGAAAGGGAGGUGAAAAGGGUCAUGGAAACCCAAGACAACACCUAAAAUCUAUCAAUAAUCAAACAGCAAUUUCAGUGCAAAUGAAUAUCAGCUGGUUUAGUCCUAAUUGAUGGCCUACAAAAAUGUCUCAUGGCCAAGUUGUGAGUCAAUGCACAACUCAUGAUGGGUAAGAGCAAAGAGCUGUCUCAAGACCAUCGCAAACUAAUUAUUGCAAAACAUAACGAUGGCAUUCGUUAAAGGUGCAUAUCUAAGCUUCUGACCGUUCCAGUGAGCAUGCUUGGUGCCAUAAUACGUAAGUGGAAUGCCAAUCAUACCACCAUGAAUUUGCGUCAAUGAGGUACUCCUCGCAAGAUUUCUGACUGAGGAGUCAGAGGAUUGCAAAGAAUAAUCAGAAGAGUUGUCCAAGAGCCAAGGACCACCUGUGGAGCACUUAAAAAAGACCUGGAAUUAGCAGGUACUGUUGUCACAAGAAAAACAGUGAGUAAUGUACUCUUCUACCAUGGCCUGUAUGUACGCUCACCACGCAAGACUGCAAUGCUGAAAAGAAAGCAUGUCAUAGCUCGUUUAAAGUUUGCUGAACAACAUUUGGACAAGCCAGUUAAAUACUGGGAGAAUAUAGUCUGGUCGGAUGAGAGCAAAAUUGAACUGUUUGGAUGCCAUAAUGCACACCACGUUUGGAGGAGAAAUGGCACUCUACAUCACCCUAAAAACACCAUACCAACAGUAAAGUUCGGAGGUCAGAACAUGAUGGCGUGGGGCUGCUUUUCAGCAAAUGGUACUCGUAAACGUCACAUUAUUGAAGGAAGGAUGAAUGGGCAAAUCUGCUGCCAUCUACAUGAAUGAUGAAAAGGAAACGAGGGUGAACAUUUAAUCAGGAUAAUGAUCCAAAGCAUACUGCCAAGGAAACUCUCAAUUGGUUUCCAAAAAAAAAAAAAAUAAUAACCUGACUUGUAUCCAAUCAAAAAUCUAUGCAAAGAACUGAAACUCAAGGUCCAUAAAAGAAGUCCAUGGAACCUUCAAGAUUUGCAGACUGCUUGUGUGGAGGAAUGGGCCAAAAUCACACCAGAGCAAUGCAUGCGACUAGUUUCUCCAUACAGGAGGCGUGAUUGCAUACAAAGGCAUUUGUACAAAGUAUUAAAUAAAUACCAAAUGGCAUGUUCAAUAGUUUUUCCCUGUGUCAUUUCAGAUUAUUACACAUAACUUAAUUUCUGAUCUUAUUUGUUCUACUUUCUUUGUAUGUAUGGAUUACUUGGGUUGUUCCCAACAUCUGAUGACAUUUUCAUGUCAAUAGCACCUUUGGAAAUAUCCAUCCAUCCAUUUUCUGAGCCGCUUCUCCUCACUAGGGUCGCGGGCGUACCGGAGCCCAUCCCAGCUGUCAUCGGGCAGGAGGCGGGCUACACCCUGAACUGGUCGCCAGCAGAUCUCAGGGCACAUACAAACAAACAACCAUUCACACUCACAGUCACACCCACGGGCAAUUUAGAGUUGUUUAUUAACCUACCACGGAUGUUUUUUGGGAUGUUGGAGGAAACCGGAGUGCCCGGAGAAAACCCACGCAGGCACGGGGAAAACAUGCAAACUCCACACAGGCGGGACCGGGGACUGAACCCGGGUCCUCAGAACUGUGAGGCUGGCGCUCUCACUAUUCGGCCACCGUGCCGCCCCUUUGGAAAUAUAUUUAGUGAAAAAAAUGGUGACGUGUUAAAUACUUAUUUCAGCCGCUGUAAAUGUUCCAAUAUCUAUUUAGUAAGGAGUAUAAUUAUACAAUUAACUAAGAGUACAUUUUGAACAUUUUAAAAUAUUUAUUUUUGAUGCCAUGUAAAAUAUGUUGAAUGUCAUCACAUAUUUUAAUCAAUAAAACAUCUGAAAAUAAACAUUUGCACAUAACUUAAUCGUAUAU